AUGAGUAACCCAUUUAAUUCGUCGGAUUAUAUUAAAGGAGACAAUGAACAUAAAAGUGGAUAUGAAGAAAUGAAAGAAUAUACGAAUGUUAAUAAAAACAUAAAUCUUAAUGAAUGUACAAAAGACCAUAUUAAUAUUAAAGAUAAUGAUGGGAUAAUUAAAAAUGAUAGUAAGGAAUGUAAAGAUUCUCACCAUGAAAGUCAGGACAUGUGUAAUGUUAGUAACAAAUAUAAUAUAUCAGCUAAUCAUAUGGAAAAUAUAAAAGAACAAAAUGAUACACACCAGAUGAAUGAAACAUUAUUACAUAAUAAAAUGUAUAAUGAAGAGGAGAAUAAUAUAUUAAGUAAUAUAACAGAAUAUCGAAAGAAUGAUCAACAUGAGCAGAAAAUAAAUGAUUCGGAUGACGUUUUAAUAAAAGAGAGUAGAAAUAAUUAUCAUAAUAAUAAUGAAAAUAUUCAAAUGAAUAAUAUAAAUGAUGAAGUAAUUAGAGAUGUUUUGGAUGUCUCUAAUUCUGAACAUGAUAAAAUGAACGUGUGUGAUGAAGGAAAGAAAAAUGAAGUAUUGUCUUAUAUUUCAAUGAACAAUGAAAAUUCAGAAAAGGAAAUUAAAAUGGAUAUGUCUAUUAAUUGUAACAAUGCAAAAGGAACAAAUAAAACAAAUAAAACAAAUGAAACAAAUGGAAUAGAUAACAAUAAUGAUGAUAAUAAUGAUAAUAAUAAUGAUGAUAAUAAUGAUAAUAUUAAUAAUAUUUAUAGUAAUAGUUCAUGUUAUGAACUAAAAUAUACUAUGGAAGAAGAUAACGAAAUUAAAAAUAAUUCUAAUUAUGUUAAAGAAAGUGAUAAAAAUGUUGUAGAUACAAAAAUAGACAACAUAAAUUUUGUUAAUAAACAAAGUGAAAUGUGUAAUGAAUCAGAUGUAAAUAACAACAAUAUUAAUGAUAUUAGAAAUAAUUCAAAUGUAUUAGAUGUUGUUAAUAAUAAUGUAUCAUCUAAUAGUCGUAUGUUACCAAAUGUUGAUAUUUCAUCAAACGAUGAAGAAAAACAAAAUUGUGAUAAUUUAAAUAACUAUAUUAUUAAUGAUACCAUAGACAACAAACAAGAACCAUAUAAUAAUAACGAAUCAUCUAUUAUGAUAAACACAGAUAAUUAUAGCAACAAUAAUUCCAUCUUAAACAACGAAAAUGUAUAUGAUACUAUAGAUGAUGAACCCAAACAAAUUUGUAGCGAUAGCGAUACAUAUACAUACAAUAAUAUGAAUAAUAACGAUGUAGAAAAUAUAACAAAUGAUGUAGAAAUGUAUAAAAAUGAUUUUACUAUGAUCAACGAACAUAUUGUGCAGAACGCAAAUUAUGAUAAUGAUAAGGGUGAUCAACUAAAUAUUCAGGAUGAUAAUUUAUGUAUACAAAAUGAACCAACAUCCUUUUCUCAAGAUAACGAAAAUGUGAAUGCUUCAAAUAAAGUUAUCAUUUCUUCUGAGAUGGAACAAAAUGUAAUGAACGAUGAACUGAAGAACGAUCAUGUAAUAAAUAAAGAAACAAAUGAACAUCAAGAUGAAAAUAAUAUGAUAUCACAUCAAAAUGAAAGUGAGCAACAUGAAAUAUGUAAUGAUAUAAAUGAACAUAAUAAUAAUAAUAAUAAAAGUAUAAGGAAUCAAAAUGAUGAAAAUGAUUUCAUGAAUAAAAAUAUUAAUACAACAGAAAAUGAACAAAUCAAACAAGAACGUACAAUAAAUAAAUCAAACGAUAUAAAUGAUACAUGUACAAUUAAUAAAAUUGAAGAACAUAUUGAACAAAAAGGAAGUAAAGACACAGUGAUAUAUGAUGUUGUAAACAACGAAAGGGACACAAAUAAUAAUAAUAUGAAAAAUGGGGAAAAUGAGAAAAAUGAGAAAAAUGAGAAAAAUGAGAAAAAUGAGAAAAAUGAGAAAAAUGAGAAAAAUGAGAAAAAUGAGAAAAAUGAGAAAAAUAUGAAAAAUAUGAAAAAUAUGAAAAAUAUAAAAAAUGAUAUGGAAAAUAUAGUGAAAAAGAUUAGCCAAGAUACUGUUAUUGUUGAUGUUAAUGAUGAACUAUUAGAUCCUAACAUAAAUAAUGAUUUUAUAAAAAAAAAAGUUAGUGAAGAUACGAUUGUCAGUGCAAUUCAGAGUGAAAGGAAAGAGGGGAAGAAAAAUAAAAGAGCAACCCAUAAAAUAAAUGAACAAAAGGUGUUGACACCUACGAAAUAUUUUGUGAAUGACAUGAGUUAUGUAGGAAGUGUAGGUAAGACGAGACAAUCAAGCAAAAUGGUACAAAUGGAUCCAAUGAUGCAAAUGGAUCUAAGGAUACAAAUGGAUCCAAGGAUGCAAAUGGAUCCGAGGAUGCAAAUGGAUCCAAAGGUACAAAUGGAUUCAAUGAACCAAAUGGAUCCAAUGAAUCAAUCGAACCAAAUAAAUCAAAUAAACCAAAUAAGUCAAAUAAACCAAAUAAGUCAAAUAAACCAAAUAAGUCAAAUAAACCAAAUAAAUCAAAUAAACCAAAUAAAUCAAAUAAACCAAUCGAACCAGAUGAAUCAUAUAAAUUAUAUAAACCAAAGUAACCAUAUAAACAAUAUAUAUCACAUUCCUAGUUCUAAUCCUGUUGAGGAUGAAUACAAGUCCAACCUGAUGAACAACCUGAACAGCGAUAAUAUGAAUAGCUACCUUACAAUGAAUGAUUUGAACGGAGAUAUGGAUUGUAAGUAUGCACAAAGUGGAAGGAAAGAUUAUAUGAGGAAUAGCGGUAAGGUGGAAGAACAAAUUAUGAAUAUGAACAAUGAGAAAUAUUUACAAUGGUUUGACACAAUUUACACGGUAUGUGUAAAAUUGGAUGAUUUAUGUUGUAGGUUGAGUGGUACAUUUCCUCAUUCAAUGAAUAUAUGGGAAAGAGAAGGGAAAAUUAAUAUGAAUACAUUAAAAUCAGCAUUUUAUAAAUAUGAAGAUAUGAAAUUGAAUUUAAAUAAUAAUGAUGAAGGGAAUAAUAAGUCUGUUAUGAUGAGUCCGAAUUAUACAGCAAGUAAUAAUGUAGAUUCGUCUAUUGAUGAUCCUUAUAUGAAAUCUAAUUAUAUGUCUCCAAGUAUAAUUAAUAAAAAUGAUGAUAUAAAAAUAAAAAGAAUGAAAAAAUAUAAUAUGAAUCAUAUGGAUGAUAGUAACAUAUCAAUGUAUACUAAAAAUGCUAUUAAUAAACAAAUAAACUUAACAAAUAAUAACAGAAAAAAUUACCGAUCAAAUGAUCCUUAUAUUAACAUUGAAAAUUAUACACCUAUGGAUAAUAAUAUAUCUCAAAUGGAAGAUUAUCUACAAAUUGAUAAUUACACUCCUAAUAUAAUAGAUCCAAAUGUUUGUAAUAAUUUUAUAAAUUGUAAUAAGAAUAACAAAAUAAAUCAAAAUAAAAAUAAUAAAAUCAUGAAUACAAAUUCGGUUCAUGAUUAUGUAAUACCUAAUGAUUUAUAUAAUGUAGAAAACAUAAAUGUCAUGGGAAAUAAUACUACACAUAAUGAAAAGGGAAAAAGGACAAGGAGAAAAUCAUCAGAUAAAAAUAUGAAAGCUCCAAAACUUACUAAAGAAGAAGAAGAAGAAAUGGAACUUUUGAAAUUAUAUAAUAAUAAUAAUAAUAAUAAUGAAAAUAACAUAUCAAAUAUUGCAAGCAUACAAAAUAAUAUCACAAAUAAUUUAAUAACAAACGGAAAAUAUUCUAAUGAUUUAUUUUUUCAUCAAAAUGGAUUUAAUAAUUGUUCUUUAUACAAUGAAGAAAAUAAGAUGAAUUGUUCAGAACAUUUAAAUAUAGUACCAAUUAACCAUAACAAUAAUAAUAUUAUGUGUUCAAACAACCAUAUCAAUAUGCUUGCAAUGAAUAAUAAUGUAAUUAAUUACAAAGAAGAAAAUACUAGUACUACUAAAAAAGGAAAAAAAGGAAAUAGAAAAAUUAAUGCUACAAAAAAUAUAGAAAAAAAAACACCUAAAAAAAAUAGCACAGUAAAUAGAAGUAACAAUAAAGUUAUCAAAAACGAAAGCGAAUUUGAAUACUUAUUAGAAUUAUCCGACAAAGAAGGACCUAAUCUAGAUAAUCCAGAAGAUUUAAAAUGUGAUGUAGCUGGAGUAUACUGGGAUAAGAGAAGUUGGAUAGCAUCAUGGUAUGACAAUGGGAAACGUUAUUAUAAAUCUUUCUCUGCAAAAACACAUGGAUUCUAUAAAUCAAAGUUUUGGGCUAUUAAAGUUAGAUUGUCAAAGGUUAAGGGACAAACCAUUUUUGGAAAAAACAGCAGAAAAAAUAAAAAUAACAAAACAGAUGCGGAUAAUACAAAUGGAAAUAACAACAAUGUGAAUAAUACCAAUGCAGGUAAUAUAAUCACACUGAAUAAUUUAAAUAAUGUCAACAAUUUGAACAAUGUGAACAAUUUGAACAAUGUGAACAAUUUGAACAAUGUGAACAAUUUGAACAAUGUGAACAAUUUGAACAAUGUGAACAAUUUAAACAAUGUGAACAAUUUAAACAAUAUAAAUAAUAAUACAAAUAUUAGUAGCACAAAUAUGACUGGUUCCUCUUUAAAUAGUCCUCUAUUGAACGGAGUACAUAUGAACAACAUCCAUAUGAACAGUAUUAACAGAAAUAAUAUCAAUAUGAAUAAUAUCAAUAUGAACAACAUAAAUAUGAACAACAUAAAUAUGAACAACAUAAAUAUGAAUAAUGUAAAUGACAUGAACAAUGUAAAUAUAAAUAACCCAAAUAUUAUUAAUGAUAAUCAUAUGCCUUAUCAUAAUCCUAUUAUGCCAGUUAAUAAUAACAUCCCCCUUAAUAAUUUAUAA